UCCGCCUCCUCGGUGUUGGCAGCCGCCCCGGGCGCCGGAGCCAUGAGCAGGGAGGAAAAGCGCCGGCUCGGGACUCAAGUGUUAGAAAUGUUUGAUCAUGCUUAUAGCAAUUACAUGGAACAUGCCUACCCAGCUGAUGAACUCAUGCCUUUAACUUGCCGUGGACGGGUUCGGGGUCGGGAACCAAGUCGUGGGGAUGUAGACGAUGCCUUGGGAAAGUUUUCACUGACACUGAUUGAUACCUUGGACACUCUUGUGGUGUUAAAUAAAACCAAAGAGUUUGAAGAUGCUGUAAAAAAUGUGAUAAAAGAUGUUAAUUUAGAUAAUGACAUAGUUGUAUCAGUGUUUGAAACUAACAUAAGAGUCCUUGGAGGUCUUUUAGGUGGGCACUCUGUGGCAAUUAUGCUGAAAGAAAAAGGUGAAUACAUGCAGUGGUACAGUGGUGAACUUCUCCACAUGGCAAAACAACUGGGCUACAAACUUUUACCUGCUUUUAACACUACUAGUGGUCUCCCUUAUCCAAGAGUUAAUUUAAAAUUUGGUUUAAGAAGUCCAGAAGCUCGAACAGGAACAGAGACUGAUACCUGUACAGCUUGUGCAGGUACCUUGAUACUUGAGUUUGCUGCUCUAAGCCGAUUCACAGGAACAUCAAUAUUUGAGGAAUAUGCACGGAAGGCACUUGAUUUUCUUUGGGAAAAAAGACAACGCAACAGUAAUUUAGUGGGAGUUACCAUUAAUAUACAUACUGGAGACUGGGUCCGCAAAGAUAGUGGAGUUGGAGCAGGAAUAGACUCGUAUUAUGAAUAUUUAUUAAAAGCCUAUGUCUUGCUUGGAGAUGACCGUUUCCUGGAAAGAUUUAAUACACACUAUGAUGCCAUAAUGAGGUAUAUUAGUCAACCACCUCUUCUGCUUGAUGUUCAUAUUCACAAACCAAUGCUAAAUGCUCGGACCUGGAUGGAUUCUUUGCUUGCGUUCUUCCCAGGCUUGCAGGUAUUGAAAGGUGACAUUAGACCUGCUAUUGAAACUCAUGAGAUGUUAUAUCAGGUGAUAAAAAAGCAUAACUUUCUUCCUGAGGCUUUCACAACAGACUUCAGGGUUCAUUGGGCUCAGCACCCUUUAAGACCAGAAUUUGCAGAAAGCACCUAUUUCUUGUAUAAAGCUACUGGGGACCCUUACUACCUAGAAGUAGGAAAAACGCUCAUUGAAAAUUUAAACAAAUAUGCUAGAGUACCUUGUGGAUUUGCUGCAAUGAAGGAUGUUCGUACUGGAAGCCAUGAGGACAGAAUGGAUUCUUUCUUCCUGGCUGAGAUGUUUAAAUACCUUUACCUGCUCUUUGCUGAUAAGGAAGACAUGGUUUUUGAUAUAGAAGAUUAUAUCUUCACUACAGAGGCUCAUCUACUGCCUCUUUGGCUCUCUACUACAAACCAAACAAUGUCUAAGAAAAAUACAACAACAGAAUACAUGGAGCUGGAUGACAGUAACUUUGAGUGGACGUGUCCGAACACCCAGAUUCUCUUCCCAAAUGAUCCUAUGUAUGCUCAGAGUAUCCGUGAACCUUUGAAAAAUGUGGUGGAUAAGAGCUGUCCUAGGGGCGUUGCCAGAGUAGAAGAGAGUUUUGGGAGUGGACCAAAACCACCACUGAGAGCCAGGGAUUUCAUGGCCAGUAACCCUGAGCAUUUGGAGAUACUGAAGAAGAUGGGAGUCAGUUUGAUUCACCUCAAAGAUGGAAGAGUACAAUUAGUGCAGCAUGCAAUUCAAGCAGCAAGUUCACUUGAUGCUGAAGAUGGUUUGCGAUUCAUGCAGGAAAUGAUUGAACUGUCCAGUCAGCAACAAAAAGAGCAGCAGCUACCCCCACGUGCUGUUCAAAUUGUUUCCCACCCAUUCUUUGGCAGGGUAGUAUUGACAGCUGGGCCAGCACAAUUUGGAAUGGACCUAUCCAAACACAACACAAGAGGAUUUGUUGCAACCAGUAAACCUUACAAUGGAUGCUCGGAGAUCACUAAUCCUGAAGCAGUGAAGGAGAAAAUUGCUAUGAUGCAGAGAGGCCAGUGCAUGUUUGCUGAAAAGGCACGAAACAUCCAAAAAGCUGGAGCAAUAGGGGGCAUUGUUAUUGAUGACAAUGAGGGAAGCAGCAGCGACACUGCUCCUCUAUUCCAAAUGGCUGGUGAUGGAAAGAAUACAGAUGAUAUCAAAAUCCCCAUGCUCUUCCUGUUCAACAAAGAAGGAAAUAUUAUACUUGAUGCAAUCAGAGAAUAUGAGUCUGUAGAAGUGCUUCUCUCUGAUAAAGCAAAAGACAGAGCAACAAUAUUUAAAGGUAAAAUGAUUCCAAACUACAUUAUUGAUAGCAAUCUGGAAAUGGAAAACAUGGACCAGAAGUCAUCUGAAAAUGAUUCACAUAAGCAGAGACCAGAAGAGACUUCAGCAUCUCAGGACCUCAGCUUGGCCAGUCAAGAGCCUGAGGGAGAAGAAAGUUCUGAUGUUACUCCCCUUGAUUCAUUAUCUCCUGUUGAUGCAGACAGUGAUAGCAUUUCCAUUUCAAACCAGGAGGCCUGUGUCACAGAAAUCCAUGAGGCUAAUGUUCAAGAGACAGAAAGUACAGAAUUAGAUAACCAGCCUCAGGAACAAUCUCAGACUGAGACAGAUUCCAGCUCCAAUGUUAAUUGGGAUAAUAAAGUCCAGCCUAUGGAAUCCAUAUUAGCAGAUUGGAAUGAAGAUAUAGAAGCAUUUGAAAUGAUGGAAAAGGAUGAACUAUGA